AUGGCCCUCCCAAAGCGCAUCGUGAAGGAAACAGAACGCCUGAUGGCCGAACCAGUCCCCGGAAUCAGUGCUGUGCCUCACGAAGACAACCUGCGGUACUUUGACGUCGAGAUCCACGGUCCCGCAUCCUCACCCUACGAAGGCGGCAUUUUCAAGCUGGAGCUCUUCCUCCCAGACGACUAUCCCAUGACUCCUCCCAAGAUUCGAUUCCUCACCAAGAUCUUUCACCCAAACGUGGACAAGCUGGGUCGCAUUUGUCUAGAUGUGCUUAAGAAUAACUGGUCGCCUGCGCUGCAGAUUCGGACGAUCCUGCUUUCCAUCCAGGCCCUUCUCGGUGCUCCCAACCCCGAUGAUCCCCUCGCUCCCGACGUUGCCAAGAGCUGGAAAGAAGACGAAGCUGCUGCCAUCGCGACGGCGAAGGAGUGGACCCAGAAGUAUGCAAAGGCAUAG